CGUAGCGUCAUGGAGGUGAGCGACACUAGCUCCGAGUCAUGCUCCGCCGCGGGUCCUUGGUCCGACACCGAGUGUCUGGAGCGCCUCACCGGGUGCUUUACAAGUCUCCAGUCGUCUUCCUGUCCCCGCCAGCGCGUGGCUGAGCUCGCCUCUGCCGUUCAUUCCGCCGCGUCCAGAGCUGAAGCCGGAGAGUAUUGCCAUGGCAACGAGUUGCGCCGCCUCAGCCUGACUCUGGUGGAGAAGAUGGUGUCGAGCUUGGCUGCGCGCAGCUCCACUGCGCAGCUCGCCUCCUACUGCGAGGAGCUGACGCGGCUCUUGUUUGGUCGCAUGGACCUGAUGUGUCCCAUUGUUGAUUCUUUCCGCUCUCCAGACCAGAUUGUCAGCCACCUGGCAACGAAGGCGGCGUCUUCAUAUGUUUCCCAUCAGCUCCACACGUCUGGCACGGUGAGUCAGGCCUGGCUCCAGGCGUGUCAACACGCCUUCCUCACCUCUGACCCCUCUUCUGAGCUGGACGCCUGCUUGUGGUCACUGACCUCAGUUCUGAAGAAGCUGCUGAAAGGAUCUCAUCCAGAUCUUGCAGUCAAACUUCUGGAGAUGUUCGACACCAGCGUCUGUGUUGUCUGCUCCCGAUUCCUUCCUUUGGAGCAGGAGUCAGUGCCAAUGAUGGAGCACCGGCACUGGUCCACCACCUUUUGUACCCUGCUGAACCUGCUGGAGGCUCUGGCGGCUUCUGCUGCUCUGUGUACGUCCGACGUCUGCCUCCAGAGUCAGAGACUGACGCACGUCCACGCCUCCUCCCUCCUGACGACAGUCACCCGCUGCUCACAGUAUCGCGUCAAAAAGCCAGCGCUGCUGCUCCUGAAGAGAGUCCUGCUGCAGAAGCCUGGAGAAGAGUGGCUGUCAGGAGGAGUCAGAAAUGCUCGCCGAUCUCAGGACGUGCAGCUGCUGGCUCAGAGCGUGUUGCGUGCAGUCACCGCUGGGUGGCUGCAGGGUCUUGAAGUCAGAACCGGCUCUUUCUUUGGAGGCACGUGUCAGAGCCUGGAACAGAAGAAAGACUACGUGAUACUGAGAGCAGUCAGCGUUGUCCUUCUCAAGGCCGCUGAGGUUCACAUUGAGGCUGGAGCUCCAUCAGCAGGGAGUCCUGGUGUGGCACCUGUCCUGGAGACCCUCCAGACCUUGUGGCAUUUCCUCAGACAGCAGGGCGUAGAGAUGCAGGAGGUCGGCCACAGCUGCUGCUUCCUCACACUGCUGUUCGUGGAGCAGGAUGACGACCUGAUGGAGGCGGCAGCCUCGCUGCUCUCCAUCUUCCUCCACUGCAGGACGUCCAUCGGCCCGGGCAGCGGUGAGGGACGGGAUGCGUGUGAGUCUGGCUGUAACCCGCACUGCCACUUCCUGCUCCUGCUCCAGAGCAUCUCCUACGACCACAGCAUCCUCCUGGACUUCCUCAUCUCCAUGGAAACCUGCUUCUUGGAGUACUUUGUGCGUUACCUGAAGUACUUACUGAGCGACCGGCAGGGAUUUACCCAAGCGUGUCGGAAAAUGAUCCCUCAAGUGGAUUCUCCCACCAGGACUCGGCCUGUAGUCAAGAUGGCCGCCACCUCUUACAAGCAAACCGGCGGUGUGGAUCCAGGGAUUCGUCUGGUGGAGUACGAUAGCUCUGAGGAGUCUGAUGCGGAGGUCAUGGAGGUCUCACAAGGGUCGUCCCCUGUCUCGUGUCGGACAUUGGCUCGGACGGUGGACUGUCUGUGGCAGCUCAGAGAGGUGGUGACCAGGCUGCACGCGAAGAACUUAUUUCCAUACAACCCAACGUCUCUCCUCAGGCUGUUGACCGAGGUCAGCAAGAAAUAAUAGUAUCCCAGUUCAAGUUUAUAUGCAAUGUAGUUUCAUAAUAAAACAGGACUUUAUAAUUACUGCUUAUUACUAUAAUACACGUCUGUACGUUUUCAUCCGGACUCACACUCCCAGCGGGUGGUGUCACAUGGUUGCUUGCUGUGUAAAUACCAAUGCUCAGUUUUAUACAAUGAAAGGACAUUCCUGAGUUUGGUUCUGAUUUUUAUGGAGAU